AUGGUCUUGAGGUCGUUGGCAUCUGGUGUUGUUCUGAGGAUCCCCAUAGUUAACAAGUUCAGUCGAUCGUCCGAAAAUUCGGCAACAACCACACCCCAGAUUUCUCCUUCCCAGCAAACACAAUCAGAUCAAUUGUCGAUAUACACGUCGGCCUCGGACGAAAACAGCUCAGAUUUUGAGGAUAACGGAGAAGUCAAGCCUAUCUUCAUCAAAAACCAGUACAGAAGCCCCAAGGAAAAACUACAUUUGAAAAUAAUCAGUAAUCGAGCUCGACUGGCUACCACCUCGCCCGAUAACCACAACCAUCUUAUUUUAAACCACAAUACCGAAAUGCCUGCACCCACUAGCGCUAAUAGUAAUCCUGCCACUAGCAAUGAGCUAUCAGAUUCAGACAUUUGGUUGGGUUCACCUAGUAAAAGAAGAAACGUCAGUUCCAUCGACAGGAGUAACAUUAGACCUGUGUCUACUAGAUUGAGCAAGAGGAGAAACGGCAAAGUUAAUAGCAGUGACUCGUUUGAACCAGAGGCUGUAUCUUCUUCCGGGAUCUUGAGAGAUGGAUCUGCAUCUGCAAUGUCCAACUCCAGCACCGGUAGUGGUUUGGCUGAAGACGACACUCUUAGUGAAGACCGCGCAAGAGGGAGUGCAAGUGGAGGAAGAGGAGAAGAAAAUAGAAUGGGCCAAUACCUCAAUGACCAAAAUGACAAGUUUAACGAACUCAUCACCAACAACAUUGACGUUGUACUCAACCCUGAACAAGUCCAGGCUCAACAAACACAAGAAGCAAUUGCCGGUUUGGUCAAGAGCUCAACACCAAACGAGGUUUUGUUCAAGAUGGCCUAUGACAAUAAAGGAGCCAUUGCUAGUUCAAUUUACCAAUUUGGUAAGAACCAAUUGAGCGCAAGACUACCUCACAUUCCCUAUUUCAACAAUAAAAAAAAGAGCAAACCCAUUGUUGAGGAAGUGGUGACCGAUGUUGAAACGGACGUUGAGAGCAAUUACGAGUCGACAUCUGAGAAAAGGGUUCUUGGAAGCCCCAUGAGCUCGCCCAGCUUACUACCAACAAGCGGCGGUGCCUCUUCGCAACAGAUUGUUGAGUACGACCCCACGGCAUCGAGAUUGACUCAGCUGUGCCCCGUUGAUCAGCGGGACUUUGAUCAAUUGAUGGCCAAUUUGGAUGACGAAGUCAAGAUUGAUAUAUUUUUAGACUCGUUGGACACCAAGACCAAAGUCAAUUUGUAUCAAUCGCUACGGAAGGAUUUGCAAGUCUAUGAUGGUGCUUCCACAUCGAGUGUGAAGAAUAUCUACUAUGACGAAAGCAUUUCCACCAUUGACAAGAUUCAAAUCUUUAUCAUUAUAUCAGUCAAGUUGUUGAUGACCGGUAUCAAAUUGUUUGUCCCCAUAACCAAAUACAUCAUUUACAAAUUCCAAAAUAACGAAUUGUUCAUCAUCAAUUCCAAAAACGUCAACAGGUUUAUCGACUUUGUGCUUCGGUUUAUGAGCUAUUUAGACAUGAAGUUGAACUCCAACGAGGACUUUAUCGAGAGAGUGAGCCAACACGACUACGUCAAGGCCGAAGAGAACUUGGAAGAGUUUUAUAAUGACUUUACCAGUCGUACCCGCAACUACCUCAAGCCCAGUGCCAUCAAGAAUAGGCUUCUCGCCAAGGAUGAUUUUUUCACGCGCGGGGUCUACGACUACAUGAUUGGUACUACCCCACGUGAAAAGAAUUACCGGGAUGACCCCGAAUAUGCCAUGUAUUAUUCAAAUAAAAGGGCAGUGGGCAACGGUGGAGGUGAAAGCAUUGCAGAAAGCGUUAAAGCCACCAUCAGCAAUGGUAGUGUUAGCGGUAGCGACAGCAGAGGACUGUCAAAGUCGACAUCGUUUGCUUCGCUUGAGGCUCGAAGCAAGGGCAAUAGUAGUAGCAAUAGCAGCGCCGGCAACAGCAAUAAUGAUGUUUCAUUUAUAGAGGUUGCCGAUCGCUUUAUCCAGCAAUUGGAAAAAGGUGCAUGA